GCCGGAGCUGGACCGGCCUGGUCCCCCGCGCAGCCGCCGCCCCGCGUUCCCCGCCGUCCCCGGCCCGCGCCUGGGCUCCGGGCCAUGGGGCGCCCGGGCGGGCGGGCGGGCGGCCGGAGCAGGAGCCCAGCGGGACACUGGGUAGAUGUGGGGUCCCAGUCGCCCCCCUGGCCGGCGAUCCCUCUGAUCAACACAAUGGGCUUGUGAAGGCGGACGCUUCUGGGGACUCCUGUGCAGCUUUACUCUGUGGAGGAUGGGUGACGACGGACUCUGUGAACACCCCAAGCCCAUGGAAUUGCUCGACAUCUGUUUGGGAGACCACAUGCAGCUCCACCCAGGAGCACACCUGAGGCAGACACGCGGCCGCCCUGGCCCUCUCGGACCUUGCGGGGAGCAGACCUGGGCCUCUGACCCUCCUGAUUCCACGAGGCGAGAUGUUCAUCCCGGGGGCUCCAGCCCAGAGCCCGCGCACCCGGGGAGCGGCUCUUCCCAGGAGGGGGCAGGGCAGAAAGCGGCAUUCCCCGGGUCACCCCGGGACAGCCAUCCUCUGGGGAGCCCGAGGCAGAGCCAGAGCACGUCCACCCAGGUGGUGUUCUGGGCGGGCAUCCUGCAAGCCCAGAUGUGCGUCCUGGACCUUCAGGAGGAGCUAGAGAAGACGGAAGGGAUCAGAGCUGAGCUGAGAUGCUGCCUCCCCACGGCGUCUCCUGACCUCCCCACUUUCCCCUCCAGCCCGAUGGGACCCCGGGACUCAGGCCUCCACCGCAGCACCCCCGUGGACGUGCACGGGGCCUCGGGGGAAGAGAGCAACGGGCCUGAAGGGGAGAACCGGAAGCCGGCAUGGCCGAGGGAGGACGCGCCAGAGUCGUCCCCGGAGUGGGGUCCCGAGGAGGAGAGCAUAUUCUUUGACAACCCCCUCUUCCUGGAGAGCCCUUCCUCGGCCCCCAGUGUGUCUGAAGCGCGCUUUUCCUGGGGGUUCUCAGAUCCCUGCGCAGAUGUGAGGACCGGGCCCCAGAGCCCGCAGACCCUGGAGCCCUCACCCCCAGGAGGCAGUGUGCCGUGGGAGCUGGGCAGGGAGCCGGAUCUGGGGGACAGCGCAGUGGAUCCCAGCGGGCACACCACACCGCCAUUCCCUGUGCCCACCUGCAGGCUGCACUCCUCCUCUUGGGCUGUGGUGGGCACUACCGAGGGGGCUCCCGCAGCACCUCCCGGCCAGGAGGAGAGCGAGACCCCUCUGGGAGCCAGUCUUGCCCCUGCCCCUUCUGCAGCAUCCUGUGUGGACAAAGCAUUGACCUGGGAAACAGAACGUGUGGGAUCUGAUGCCAGCCCUGCCACGUAUCCUGUGCAACCUUGGGCCCUGCCCAGUCACGAGGGCUGGCAGACCAAGGAGGUUCCUUCCUGGCCCCAGGGGCCUCUUCGCCCCCAGGACAGAGGUGACAGGCGUGCAGAGUGUGCCCAGGAGUCUGCUCCCUGCACCGUGUCCCCUGGCUCCCGGGGGAGCCCAGCCUCUUCGUCGGAGCCGAGCAGCCCUGAGUCUGAGGCCAGAGGCCCCAGCCCCCGGCCCAGCCCCCUGUCCUCCCAGGAAGGCAGCCCGCAGCUCUGGGGCCGCCACCGGGGCAGCGUUCUUUCCACGUGGACGCUAGGUACUUCAAGCCCUUCAUUCCUGGAGACAGAUGGGGCAGCACCAACUUCCCUGGAGAGAGAGAAGGCAGGAGAGGCCCCAAGCCCAGGGAAGGAAGUAAAGAGUGACGGCCCAGCCGGGACUGCCGAGGCUGGAUCCAGGCAGCCCGACGUUCUCUUGACCUCUACAGAAGGGCUUCCUGAGAGCCCCGUGCCCCACGCGCAGCCCCCAGAGGAAGGCCAAAGGCCGCCAGCUGGAGGCAAGGUGGAGAAUGGCGUCAGGACCGACAAGGUGGCCUGGAACUUGGCCUCCCGCCUCUAUCGCCUGGAGGGCUUCCGGAAGUCCGAAGUGGCCGCUUACCUGCAGAAGAACAACGACUUCAGCAGGACGGUGGCUGAGAAGUACCUGUCCUUCUUCCAGUUUGGAGGCCAGAGCCUGGACCGUGCGCUCCGGGGCUUCCUCCACGCCCUGGUGCUCAGUGGGGAGACCCAGGAACGCGAGCGGAUCCUCUACCAGUUCUCCAAGCGCUUCUAUCACUGCAACCCUGGGCUCUUCUCCUCAGUAGACUGCGUGCACACCUUGACCUGUGCCGUCAUGCUGCUUAACACGGACCUGCACGGACAGAACCUCGGGAAGAGCAUGAGCUGCCAGGAGUUCAUCACCAACCUGAGCGGCCUGCGGGACGGCGGGAACUUCCCCAAGGAGCUGCUCAAGCUCCCAGCACAGGGCUCGGCACAUGCCCCGUACAUUGCUGCAUGUGUGCACGGAUGCGCGGACGCAUGGGCUGCUUCCUGCUCGGGGCAGAAGGGCAGCUACGUCGGGGUGGAGGCGGCAGGCUGCAGCACGCCCGUCCUACCUCUGCCAGACGGAAUGUGCACCCCACGGCCCGAGGCUCCCGGGCCCACCUGUAUGUUUCUGUUCCAGGCCCUCUACUGGUCUAUCCGAAGUGAGAAGCUCGAGUGGGCCGUGGAUGAAGAAGACGCAGCCAGGCCCGAGAAGGCCCAGCCGUCUUCCCUGGCUGGCAAGACGAGCAACCCCUUCCUCCAGCUGGUCCAGGACCCCACGGCGCCCACCUACAAGCAGGGCAUCCUGGCUCGGAAGAUGCAUCAGGAUGCGGACGGCAAGAAGACGCCGUGGGGCAAGCGCGGCUGGAAGAUGCUCCACACGGUCUUGCGAGGGAUGGUCCUCUACUUCCUGAAGGGAGAGGACCACGGCCUUGAGGGGGAGAGCUUGCUGGGGCAGAUGGUGGACGAACCGGUAGGGGUGCACCACUCGCUGGCCACUCCCGCCACCCACUACACCAAGAAGCCGCACGUCUUCCAGCUGCGCACGGCCGACUGGCGCCUCUACCUCUUCCAGGCACCCACUGCCCAGGAGAUGACUUCCUGGAUGGCGCGCAUCAACCUGGCCGCCGCCACGCACUCGGCGCCGCCCUUCCCCGCCGCGGUGGGCUCCCAGCGCAAAUUCGUCCGGCCCAUCCUGCCCGUGGGCCCCGCCCAGAGCUCCCUGGAGGAGCAGCAUCGAUCCCACGAGAGCUGCCUGGAUGCUGCCUCCGACGACCUGCUGGAUCUACAGAGAAACUUACCGGAGCGGCGGGGCCGCAGCCGAGAGCUGGAGGACUACCGCUUGCGGAAGGAGUACCUGGAGUACGAGAAAACCCGUUACGAGACCUACCUGCAGCUGCUGGUGGCCCGUCUGCACUGCCCGUCGGAUGACCUGGACCUGUGGGAGGAACAGCUGGGGAAGGAGGCUGCAGGCCCGCAGGAGUCCAAGCCCAGCCUGAAGAAGUCCCACUCCAGCCCGUCCCUGCACCUGGAUGAGGCCCCCACCACGGCCAAGGUCAAGCGCAACAUCUCAGAGCGCAGAACCUACCGGAAGAUCAUCCCCAAGCGGAACCGCAAUCCGCUGUGAAGCGGAUGCCCCUCACCGACUCUGCCCCCACGGCCUGGGGUGGGUGUGGGAUGAAGCCCCGAGGAAGAGCCUCGUCUCAGCGGGCGCAUGGUGGCGAUGAGGCCCCGCCCCUCCCCCGCUGAAGGAUAGCCUUGCUUCCCUGUGGUCCCUCGUACACAGGAGUUUUCCCAAUACUGCUGCCCCCUGCCCCUGGCUGCUCCCGAGGGCGAUGGGAGGUCAGGAAUUUGGCUCCGCUCCCACAGCUCAUCCCGUGUCACCCUCCAUCUCUUCAGAAGCCACAGCGGACACCUUUCCCAGGCCUGCGGGCAGCUCAGUGCUUAUGUGAGAGUCAGAGUACUCGGGAAACCCCGGCCUCCGGGACAGAGGCUGGGGCAGCAGAGCCCUCUGGGCAGACAAGCUAGGGGAGCCGCAGCCCUGAGGGUGGUCUUGUUCUGGGAAUCAGGUGGCCUGCCGGGAGAGGUCCUGGGAGACCCCAACCAGGCCCCGCCCACUGGGGGGGCAGCCUUCUGGGUAGGGGCAGGGAUGCGGCGAGUUCAGGGGCUCAGUGAGGCUGACCCUGGGGCCCCUGCCUUUGUCUCCUCUCCCACACAUCACCCACUCGCAGUGGGCAAACGAGAGAGGCCCUGCCUUGCACGGUCAAUUGCUGAUCAUCAGAGCAGAGCCGAUGGCGGUCAGUGAAGGCCGGAAGGGGUGGCGGCCUCCAGAGCUUGGUGGAGAGAGCCCUGGAACGAGGGGCCUUUGCCUCCCCAGAGCAGGGAAGGAGUUCUCUCUGGGUUCAGACCCUAGGGAGGCUGGGGGUAAGAGGUGGUGACGCGUCCGCAUCCGCUGGGGGCUCUGGAGAGUUGGGGGGGUGGGGUGGGCGGAGGCCUGGCUCCCUUCCCUGAAAGCUCCAUGCCCGAGGGGCUCCAGGACCCUCCCGGACCCCUCCCCUGGCCCAGCCUGCUCCCAGGGGCCUCUGCCACCCUGCCUGGGAAGUCCCCUUGUGCUCCAUCGGGCUGUUCUCCGGGGGCGGUUCCGGGCACUCGCGGAUCCGAGGCUCUGCCUGUGGGAAGGAGGCUGGGCUGCAGGGGCAGCCACCAUUGUCUCUGCUCAGCCGAGUGUGCGAGCAGGCGGCCCGCCAAGAGGGGCCUCUCCACUGCCCGCCUGCUGGCUGACGCACGGCCCCUCCGGCCUUCCUGCCGGCCCCGUCCUCCCCUUCGUGCUUGCAAGCAGCCUGGAACUCCACCAGGUGGGGCUGGCACUCGGGGGCCACGACGGGCGUCUGGCCAGGGCCCAGGGCCGGGCCACACACCCAAAGCGUGCACAAUAAAUGCCAACAAAGGAGGAGGCGUGUACGGGUGUAGGGGGAGGGGAGGGCCAGCCAGUUCCGGGUAGCUGGGGCCACCCGCAGGGUGGCAGGCCGCACCCCCCUUGCCGUGUGCGUGCAUGUCUGUGUGCGUGCAUGUCUGUGGGCGUGUAUGUAGCACACUGAGCAGGUGCAGGGGUCACAUAUGUAGUUUGUCACAGCUGGAGGGGACCUCAGAAUCAUUUAGUUAUCCACUCAUGUGUUCAUUCUUUCAUUUCACAAGUAAUAUUAACUACCUUUUAUGGGCCAGUACCAUGGGAUUCAAACACGGAUUAAGCGCAUCGCUGGCCUCCGGGAGAUGACUGUCCUGCUCUCUGGUUUCCAGUUGGCAGUGUAGAGACUCGCUGGAGACAUUCCCAUCCUACACCCAGGGAUUCAGAUACAGUAGAUCUGGGUCAGGGACACCAAUAGGUAUUUUUAAGACCCCCUGGGCAACUCUGACGUGCAGUGGCAGUUAACAGCCGCGGCGCAGUCCGGUCGUCUCAUUUGAUUGAGGUGGGAGCCUAGCGCCAGGUGGACGUGACUUGGCCCAGGAGUGAUGCUUACAGGCUGAAUGGCCGUGAGUGGGUUAUUUGACCUCACUGACCUGUAUGCUUAUUUCUAAAACCCGAAUAAAAGGCAGAGGUUGGUUUGCAGGUGUG